GUGAGAAUCGAACUGAGUGGAGCUGUACUUGCUGCAAGACUAGCAACUUUCUUGAAAAGAGAACUGCAACUUGAAUUUGGUGCGACGUUCUUCCUGACGGACUCAGAAAUCGUCAGAGCAAUGAUACAGAAAGAGUCUUAUGGAUUCGCCACCUUCGCUGCUGUUCGAGUCGGUGAAAUUCAACAUACAACAGACCCGACUCAGUGGUACUGGGUCGAAGGAAAUCUGAAUGGCGCAGACUGUCUCACAAGAGGGAAACAUCCAACCGAGCUUGGAGGAGACAGUGAGUGGCAGGCUGGACCGGAGUUUCUUAAGCUUCCGAUCUCAGACUGGCCUCUGAAGAUGGACAGAAUCAGCUCCUGUGAGCUACCAGAGAGACUCGCUGUCGUCAUGAAGUGUGAAGAGGCUGGAAGAAACACAGAGAGUCUCAUGGACAUCAGCAAGGUCUCAAGAUACCGUCGUCUGAUGAGAGUCACUGCAAGAGUCAUCAGCGUCUUCUGCAAGUUGAAGCCAACGUUCAGGAACGUGAGUCAGCAGCCGUCUGUCGAAGGCCUAGAAGCAGCAGAAAGGUACUGGGUCAAAGAAGCACAGAAGAUGCUACAUGAAGACCUCAGUGGGGGCAAGUUCAGAAGACUACGCCCGACAUACAACAAGGACGGCAUCAUAAUGGUCGGCGCUCGAGCUGAAGAAUGGCUGGAGAUCAGCUACAACCGCCAGCAGCUACCGCUACUGCCGUUCCAACAUCGUCUGUCGCGGUUGUACGUGGAGUACACACAUCAGCAGGGUCACCUGGGCACUUCUGCAACAACUGCCAAAGUCAGAGAAAGGUUCUGGAUCAUCAGCCUGCAGAGGAUCUCCAAGGCAGUGCGGUAUGGAUGUGUCAUCUGCCGCAAACUCGACAAGAAGUUCGAAGCACAGAGGAUGGGCCAGCUACCAGUGGAGAGGCUGAAGCCAGCGCCAGCAUGGAGCAGCACUGCGCUGGACUAUUUCGGUCCCAUGCUGAUCCGAGGAGAGGUGAACAAGAGGUCCAGGGGCAAAGCCUACGGAGUUCUCUUCACCUGCAUGCUGAGCAGGGCCGUUCACCUGGAUCUGGCAUCCGACUACUCAACGGAUGGAUUUCUGAUGGUAUUCCGCAGGUUCGUGUCUGUCCGCGGAUGUCCAUCAAAGCUGUUAUCGGAUUCUGGCUCACAGCUGAUGGCUGCAAACAAGGAGCUCCAAGCUGCCGUGAGGCACCUGGACCGAGAUACGUUGCGAGAGUUCGGAGCAGAGAACGGCAUAUCAUGGGAGUUCACCACACCUGACGCGCCUUGGCAGAACGGUUGUUCUGAGGCACUCAUCCGAUCUGUGAAACGGACCCUGUCAUCUGUGAUCGGAGAUCAGGUGCUGAGUUUCUCUGAGCUGCAAACUGUCAUGUUCGAGGUGUCAAACUUGCUCAACGAACGACCAAUCGGGAGACAUCCGACUGAUGUGCAGGACGGCGUCUACCUCUGUCCCAACGACCUGAUUCUGGGACGAGCCAGUCGCCGAGCACCAUCUGGUCCGUGGGACCAGUCGACGAGCAUCAGUCGGCGGCAUGAGUUUCUUCAGCGUUUGGUUGACGCUUUCUGGCGGAAAUGGACGCGCGACUUCUUCCCGACACUUCUGCCGCAGCAGAAAUGGCACGUGACGAAAAGGAACGUUCAGGUGGGCGAUUUGGUGUAUCUACAGGACUCCAACGCAGUGCGAGGAAAUUGGAGAGUUGGUGUCGUGACCCGAGUGCGUGAGGGACGUGACGGACGUGUCAGAGACGUGGACAUACGAUGCAGAAGUGCGACGGUAUGUGAAGGCGGGGCGGCUAGGCCUGCCAGCCGCUGUGUAGAGAUAACUCGUUCGGUUCAUAGGCUGGUGGUGUUGGUUCCAGUGUCUGCAGGCGUAGUGACGUGAAGGAUCGCGAUGCAGACUCGGCGAGAGUAUGAGUGACGGGUACCUAUUGUCUUGUGCGUUGUGGGACAGCAAUGUUAUUAGUUGAUACGCAGAUACUUGUUUCAGUUCAAGUGAAUUCAUUCGUGCUGUGCAGCGCUCAUGAAUUGUUGAGGCGGGAGUGUUUCGCCCAAUUGCGAAAGAUGUAUCGGCUAUCGCUGCAAACUAAAGUUUUGGCUGUUGUUUAACGGACUCAGCUGAUGUCGAUGGAUUUUCCGGUUGGGUUUCGUUUCGUUGAACCUUGACCUUGUUUUGUUUGUGCCAACGCGGCACAAGUUGGUCGCAGUUUCACGCUUCCGUGCAGGGUUACAGUGUAAGAUUGCAUUUAAUUUAUAUAUUGUCAAUGAUGAUAUGUAUGAAGUUAUUAGAGAGAGUGAAAGGUUAUUGUUGUCAUGUUAUAGGCCCAAGAGAACAGAUAUGGGAAAUAUUGACAGACUGAUAUAGGCACGUGGUGCGUCGCAUUCGCCAAAAUUGAACCUGUGUUCCAGUCCAUUUGUAUUUGUCAAUUAUGUUAUUUUCUGUUUUGUUAAAGCAAGUCAUUCUUUUCAGGUUUCGAACAUCAUCUUACAUCACUUCAUGCUAAAAUACAGUGAUGUUUGGUUUGAAACGCCCUAGUUUAAGCUUUGAAUUUUAAUAUGACGGAAGUUGGU